AUGAACGCUGCUCUCAAACUGGAUUUGGAUGUACAAAGUGUGAUAUUUCGUUUGGUACACGAAUCAAUGACACAAUUGUCUACCGACCAACAGCUUACUCGUGAAAGCGUUCUUGCAGGUUUUCGGGAAUCAGUGCCAAAUCAUUGUGGAGGUAACGUAAUCACAAUAGACCGAGAAACAGCCCAUCCCUCUACAUUAACCAUUCCCGACGUCACCAAUUCCGAGGUUACUCCUCUCAAAUCUGUUGUAACCGGGAAGAGCUUUCGCCAAUCGUGGGGUGAGAUGAACGAGUCGGGUUUAAUGCCCAAUGUAGAGGAUCGCAACACAGAGCUUUUUCGAAAGAGCUGGCCAGUUGGAAUGACGUUGGAAUCUGGAUUAGUAAGCAGCUCUCCAGCUAAGGAAAUGGGGAAAAAACUUACACGACUUCGGGAAGCUGAACGUGAAAAACGUCGUUUGAUGGCCGAACUGGAAAAGGAACGCACCUAUCGGGAUGAAGUGGAGAAUGUGGUCGCUGAGCUUCGUAACCAGUUAGAUGAGGCACGAAAACGAGCCACGGAAGCCGAGGCUCGUGUAACUCGUCUUUCUCGUGACUUAGCAGUUUUACAAGAUCAGGCAGAUGAGCUAAAUUUGUGUCGUACUGAGUUAGCUGUACGCGAAGAUGAAAUCGCCAAUCUCAGAAAACGUUUAAAUUCGUUCCAAGAUGUGAUGAACCGUACGCGUCAGCUGGAGUUGGAAAAUGCCAAUUAA